UUUGCAGUACUCCAAAAAUAUUGUUUCAAUAAUGAAAAAAAAUGAUAAAAUGUCUUAGACUUGUGAAGUUAUAUCCCAUUUUGAAGGUUUUCGAAGCAAUCAAGCAAAAGGUCCUUAAUUUUGGAAGGAUUAUAGAAAUGCUCUUUCUCUACUAUGCCGCAUGACAUAUAAUUGCUUGUUCUUUUAUCAACAUUGCUUACAGACAAGAUGAUAUUAGGGAAACCUGGCUGAGAAGACUCACUGUUCCUCAGCCUGAAGGAAUGAGGCUUGAGAAUAGUUUUGAUGGAUUAUCAGAUACUACCAUCUAUGUACAUGCUCUUGAAUUUACAGUGAACACAGUCUCACAUUUAGCUAUUGGAGAAAUAACAACUAUCAACUAUCGUGAAAGGAUUUAUAAUGCUUUUGUGAUCCUCUGAGGGACUUUCAUUUAUGCAUUCUUGUUUGGUAACAUUGCUUCUAUUAUGACUGAAUUUGCUUCCCAGAUGCCCUUUUUCAAACUGCAUAAGCAAUUUGAGGAUGUAAUGAACUCUUUAAAUAAAGAAGCUGUGCCAAUGCCAUUAAUUUCAAAAAUCAAAGAUUAUUAUGACUACAUCUGGGCUAAUAGUGGUGGAGUUAGUCAAGAUGAAAUUUUAAUGGACUAUCUUAAUGCAGAGGCAGCAAAUAAAUCCAUCAUUUUUAAAGACGACAAUGGAGAAGUUGACAAUGCUCUGACUAACUCAGUGAUGACUUUUUUGGAAUACAGAAUAUAUAUGGAUGGAGACUUUAUCGUUAUUGGAGGCUCUUCUUCAAUGAAUACUUACUUUUUAUUAGAAGGAGAAGCAAUUAUUAUUGGCCUUAAUGAGGAAUUUAUUGGAUACAUGAAAACAGGUGGGCACUAUUCAAAUGAUCUUGAUGAUGACAAUGAGAAUACUUUUGAUUACAAGAGACCAUUCCAUAUUGUGUCAAAAGGAAUCAGUAAAGUCGGAAUUCUAAACCGUUCGAAACUAUAUGAUCUUUAUAUUGCUUUUCCAAGAUUUAAAGAAACAUUAAGAGAUUUGAAUACAAAUUUUGCAGAUUAUAUUACUAAGUUCUGCAGGAAAUACUUGAAAUCUAAUAAUCUUGACUAUAAUGCUGAAAAUGUGAUCAAAACUGUCUCGAAUCAUUACUGUUAUAGCACUUAUGAAGUAUACAAUAGCGUAUUGAAGAAAUGUAGAGCCAUCAGUCUAGACUCUGAAGAAAUUCAAGAAUAUGAUAUCAUUAUCAAACAACAAGAAAUAUCUUUUAAAUGAGCAGCAAGAAGGAAAGAUAGUAAAAGGAGUAGCACAAAUAUUAUGACACCUUCUAAUUUAUUUGAGCAAGAAGAAAAGAAGAAAGGGUGCCUAGAAAAAUUUAAGUUUGAUAAAAACUCGACUUUAGGAAGGAUUAUCGACUUUUUGAACCUUAUUAAUCUUCUAUACGUUGCUGUAUCAAUUCCUUUGCUAAUCAGUUUUGAUAUCAAGAUGUCCUGGUACACUGCUCUAUUGGAGAUUCUUUCACUACUAUUCACAUUAAUCAUUAUAUUUUUGAAUUUUCGGAACCCUGUUCAUUUGAGAGGAGGAAAAACUUUGAAAUUUAAGAUUGUGCUUUCAUAUUAUUACAAUAAUGGACUGAUCCUUGACUUAUUUGCUCUUUGGCCUCUAUCAUUUGUUCUUGCAAUAACAGAUGUUGUCCAACCGGUUUGGCUAAUAACUCCAUUGAAAUGAGUAAGAUUAAUCUCUGUUUGGAAAAUACUGAAUAUAUUUGGAAGAUUUGAGCUAUUCUUCAAAAAGUUAGGACUAUUCAUGAACAUAAUAAAAGCUCUUCUAUUCUUGUGUAUCAUAUGGCACUGGACAUCUUGUGCAUGGUUCUUCACAAAUCUUUACAUUAAUUUGGAUAGGGACGAUUCUUGGAUGGAAUUUAAUAAUCUUCAAGAUGGGCCACUAUAUAAACAAGUUCUGUACUCUUAUUACACCAUCAUGAAUGUAGUAUCUACAGUUGGAUAUGGAGACAUGUUCCCUAUGACUGAUGUUGAGAGAAUAUUUAUAACUUUACUCAUAAACUCUGGAGAUCUGAUAUUUGCUGUAGCUUUUGGACUUAUCGCUGGUAUUUCUAUGCAAGCAUCAAACAAUAAGUCAACAGAAAUAUUUUUUAAGAAGAUGCAUAUGAUUAAAGAGCUGAUUGAUCAGAACAGAGGAGAUGAAAAGCAGAAAUCUAAAGUUGAGCAGUACUUUGCGUAUUCUUGGCACUUGCAUAAGUCAACAAAGAUGUUUUCUAUUAAAAGCCUCUCAACUCAAUUACCCUAUCGACUGAGCCGAGAAGUGGUAUAUUUCUCAACAAGGCAUUUGCUUGAGCCGAUGUUUAAGUCAUUUGGCUCUGAGAAUUUGAUAAAGGAUAUCAGUACUUCUCUUGUACAAACAAUUUACCUUCCAGGAGAUUUCAUUAUCCUAAAAGACGAUAUCGGGGAAGAAAUGUACUUUAUCGCAGAAGGCUCUGUGUAUAUUUUGGCAGCUGAUAAAAGAACUGUGCUAAACACCCUCACUCAGGGUUACUAUUUUGGAGAAAUGGCCAUCUUCUUAAAGUCUAACAGAAGGACUGCUUAUGUCCAAGCUGAGACUUUUUGUAGUAUCCUUAUUUUGAAAAAAUAUGAUCUUGAUAAUAUCAAAGUGAAUUACCCAGCUGUAGCUAAGGAUAUAAUUAAAGAAGCUGAAAAGAGGCAGGCUGAAACUAGAGAAAUAGAAGAAGCAUAUAAAGAUGAGAUCUGGGAUGACGAGAAAAAUCCAGAAGAUCAGAAAAAUGACCUUGAAAGGAUUUAUGGAACUCCUCCUGAUGUUAAAAGAACAAAUUUUUCACCUAAAAUGUUUGACCUCACUUCUCGAAGAUCUUCCUUCCAAGGAAAAGAAUCUAUUAAGGAAGAUUUAGCAUUUCAUAAAUUCCACAAGAACCUUAUCAAAGACGGCUCUAAUAGUUCUGAAGUAGAUCCGUCCUCUAGCUUCAAUAAGUUGAAAAUAAUGUUUCAGAAGCAUCAUUCUGAGCGAAUCUUACCUCAUAAGUUUGAUAGGAAGAAAGAUCUGGGCGAAAAUAAGUCCAAGUUCCUAAAGGAGAGUGAUAUCCGAACUCCGAAGUCCCUCAAGAGGAAAUCGAAUAUUCAAAACCAAGAGAGCUUAACUAAAAAGGUUAUACAUGAAGACGUUGAGAACGAAGAUAAAGCAUCCCUCAGUUCUUACUCUAAGGAAGAGUCUAAACAUCUUUUUCAUAAGAGAAGUGGAAAAAUUGGCUCAUUUUCUCCAAUCCAAAGAGAUAAAAUCCCUAAACAGGAUGACCUCAACUUUGGAGAUUUUACAAUGCAAGAAAAAGAAAGAAGUAUGCCUCAUGGUCUCUCAGGAGAUAUUUUUAAGACGAAAUUUAAACGAAGUACUACUGAAAAGAUUAAAGAAGAAGGAGACUCUCCUAGUCUGCACAAGAGCAAAAUAGACCAGAUAGUUACAUCAGUGGAUAUGGAAAGGAAACUAGCCUCAAGAACUCCUAAGAGAAUGAAGCGUCAAAAUACUCUAUUUGAGAGUCCUAAGCAUAAUGUUAUUGAUUAUAGAAGAGAAGGUGUCCACCAUAAUGAUCUCAACGUUCAUAAACAACGAAGGCUAAGUAGGAUCAACCUAGGAAAACAACUUGAGCUGUCAGAGACCCUUGGCCUUAGACUCCAAUGGAGAGUGGAUUAAAGAUCAAUGUCCUAGGCUGAGGAAUGAUGAAUUUUUGUCAAAUGGUUUCA